AGGUGUAGACAAAAGAAACUUAAAAAAGGAUUAAAUCUAGAGAGAGAAAGACAAGUGUUUAGAGAAAAAGAGGUGUUUAGAGAGAUAGUGAGUGCAGCGCACUCCUCACAAAUUCCAUAUUCCUGUGUGUGUGGACUCCUGUGGGAGGGGAAGGACACCGAAGUAGUAACGACAAACACGACCUCCACGCAUUGUCGGCAACCCAGAAACCCUUUAGACCAACAAAGCUUUAAUUGAAUCAAUCAAACGUUUGAUUUCUCUCUAUAUAUCGCUAUAUAUCAAAAAAUAGGAAAAACCCAAAACGCUGCAAAAGCUGUGAAAACAGAGAGAUUAAGAAGUAGGUCUGAGGAUUUUCUUUAUGUCUUCAAAUGGGUUCUGAUCAAUUGUAAAACUGAGUAAGGGAUUGGUGAUUCUUCGUGUGGUUGCUGAGAUCUUCAGAGAUGUUCUGAGCUUUGGUGUUCUUGUGAUUGAUCCAAAGAGUUAAUACCAUUUUGUUGCAAAUUUUGUUCUUGCAUGAACAAUUUGAUACACUUACAAUACCUUAGCCGUAUUGACACUUGGAUUGAUCUUCAAUUCAGUCUAAUUCUAUUUCCCAAUUGAGAUGUCCCAUCUUCCUUUAUUAUCCAAUUCAAAUAUUAGAAUUGUUGUUGACACCCAUGUUUCAAGACGAUAGAUCAUCAUCUGUAACUUCAUCACCUUUCCAAAUCGUUCCUAAUAUGUCAUUUUCACCUGGUUUCGGAUCACCACACUCAUGGCUCAAAGAGCUUAAAUCCGAGGAGAGAGGUCUAUAUUUGAUCCAGCUAAUGCUCACUUGUGCUAAUCAUGUAGCCGCCAACAGCCUUGAAAAUGCAAAUAUUGCUCUUGACCAAAUCUCCCAACUAGCCUCUCCUGAUGGUGAUACUAUGCAGCGUAUUGCUGCAUACUUUACCGAGGCACUAGCCGAACGGGUCCUGAAAUCUUGGCCUGGUCUUUACAAGGCCCUGCAUGCCACUAGAAUGUCUUUGGUUUCGGAAGAAAUUCUUGUUCGGAAACUGUUCUUUGAGUUGUUUCCGUUUUUAAAGGUGGCUUUGGUGAUCACGAACCAAGUUAUUAUGGAAGCCAUGGAAGGGGAAAAGAUGGUUCAUAUAGUUGAUCUCAAUGCAGCGGAACCUGCUCAGUGGCGUGCACUUCUACAAGAGUUGAGUGCACGGCCUGAAGGGCCGCCCCAUUUGAGGAUUACAGGCGUUCACCAACAUAAGGAGGUGUUGGAGCAAAUGGCUCAUAUAUUGACAGAGGAAGCAGAGAAGUUGGAUAUUCCAUUUCAGUUCAAUCCCAUAGUUAGCAAAUUAGAAAAUCUCGAUAUUGAAAAACUUCGUGUCAAAACCGGAGAGGCACUAGCAAUUAGCUCGGUUCUCCAACUUCAUUCUCUUUUAGGGUCUGAUGAUGAAGUCCUGAUGAAAAAAUCCCCAUUGACACCAAAUAAUUUAAAUGGAGUUCACCUGCAAAGAGUCCUGCAAAUGAACCAAAGUACUUUAGGUGACUUGCUGGAGAAAGAUUUGAUCAAUGGGUAUAGCCCUAGUCAUGACUCGGCUUUGUCGUCGCCACUAUCUUUGACUGCUUCAGGAAAGGUGGAUGGCUUUCUCAAUGCUUUAUGGGGUUUGUCGCCAAAGAUCAUGGUGGUAACAGAGCAAGAUUCCAACCACAAUACGUCAACUCUCAUGGAGAGGCUGUUGGAAUCGUUGUAUUUUUAUGCGGCCUUGUUCGAUUGUUUGGAAUCUACCUUGCCAAGAACAUCAUUGGAGAGAUUGAAGUUGGAGAAGAUGCUGUUUGGAGAGGAAAUUAAGAACAUUAUAGCGUGCGAGGGAAUUGAGAGGAAGGAAAGACAUGAAAAGCUCGAAAAGUGGAUUCAAAGGCUUGAUUUGGCUGGCUUCGGGAAUGCGCCGUUGAGUUAUUAUGCUAUGUUGCAAGCAAAGAGGUUGUUGCAAGGUUAUAGUUGUGAUGGUUAUAGGAUCAAGGAAGAGAAUGGCUGUGUAGUGAUUUGCUGGCAAGAUCGAGCCCUUUUCUCUGUAUCUGCUUGGAGUAGGAGGUAAAUUUUGACUAUUAUUAUAGAAUGUUUGAGGUUUUUUCUAUUUCGCUUUUUAUUUUUAUGAAAUAUUUUGUUCUUAUGAAAGUGGAUGUUGUUAGAUCGACUUAUGAACCUCGUGCUCUUAGUGACACAUAUAUUAAAUUUUUAUAAUUUUGUUUCUUAUGAAACUAUGUUUUGUUUGGAGCUUGCUGGUGAUCUCUCUCUCCAUAAAAUGGACCUCCAUGGUUACUUGGCAUCAAAUGCAUACAUUGAGGUGUUCAUAAUUGCAUUGACGGUACACUUUUUUACAGUUUGUGUUGAUGCUGUAUUGUUUUGGGGAACAAUGCUCAUUGUUUCAGAAAUACAACACUGGUGGCAUUGUAUUGGUUUGCACAUGGUGGGGCGAUGAGAUUUGACAUAUCCAUUUUUGGGACUGUUGAAAUUCGAAAACACAAGGCAGAAAUAAAUCAUAGACCUUUUAAGUGGUAAAUAGAUUUGGAAAACGGUGGAAAAUUCUAGGAUACCCUGUGGUAUUGUACCUCCGGGUGUUUUAACCGUUGGAUGUGGUGGUGGGGUUCACCUGGAAGACCUGGAGUAUCCAAGGUAUUGCAGAGCUUCUCAGAAAAUUUGAAGUUAGUCUCCAAGGUAUCUCCUUCUCCCCCAAUAUGUUUUUUUGUAUUGAAAGACAAAAAUUAGUAGUAUUGGUUAUUUUUCUUGAAAUUUGCGUACUAAAAACUAUACAAAACUAAUUUCCAUUUUGAGUUCCAGAGUUCUCAUACUAAAUGGAGCUAAAAUAAGAAAAUAUGGGAAUAUAAAUACUCUGGUCCUGUGGACAAGAGCAAAUAAAGAGAGAGAUGCGUUUGCACAUUUGAGGGCUUCCGGAUAGAUGUGUGUGCACAUUUUGGAAUAAUUAUAACAUGUGGGCAAAAUUUUCAUUUUAGAGUACCAUAUAUUUGAUCUAUUUAUCUAAAAUAACGAGGGCAUAAAUAGUAAAUUCAGUCUAAUUCUUUCUAAUAUUAAUUUAGUCUAAUUUUUGAGGCCUGUAAAAGAUAAAGAAGCAUAAGGCUCCGUUUGUUUGGAUAUAAAAUAAUUUUUAAAAAAUAUUUGUUUGUUUGGAUAUAAAAUAAUUUUUAAAAAAUAUUUUUUUAUUUUUUGGUGUUUGAUUUUUGUAAAAAAUUUAGGAUGAAGAAAAAUAUUAAAAUUUAACGAAAAUAACUUAUUCAUCAAUUUUCGACAAAUAAAAAUGAAUGACAGGUGGAACUCAAACUAGAUAAAACCUAUGCAUCAACAAUCCCCCCCCAAAAAAAAAAAAAAAAAAAAAAAAAAGACAAUU